AUUUUUGGGACAGCUCCACACAACGUCCUAACACCAACUGGGAAAACUAAACCGACCUGCAAUUUCUCAACCAAAUACAACAGCGCAGCAUUUUUAACAUUACAGCAACUGUCAUGGAGGACCAACUAAAACAUCAUUAUGUUUGCCACACCUGCUUGAGAACAGACAGUUUCAUAAAUAAGGUCGUACAGAUGUACUGGUCCAUAAGGAUGCCCAUAUGCUUACUGUUUUUGACACUAUACGCCUUCGAGGUCGCUUCAGCCGAAACGUUAUGUGGCGGAGAGCUUGUGGACGCGCUACAGUUCGUGUGCGACGGAAAAGGCUUCUAUUUUGUUCAACCAACCAGGUCGAACAGUAAACAACCCCCCAAAAAGCGUGGGAUUGUGGAGGAGUGUUGUUUUAGCGGUUGUAACCUAGAUCUGCUAGAACAAUACUGCGCUAAACCUGGCAAGUCAGAGAGGGACGUGUCUGCAACUUCUCUACAGGUGAUCCCUGUGAUGCCAGCAUUAAAACAGGAGGUCCCAAGAAAACACGUGACUGUGAAAUAUUCCAAAUACGAUGUGUGGCAGCGAAAGGCCGCCCAGAGGCUACGGAGGGGCGUCCCAGCCAUCCUGCGAGCAAAGAAGUUUAGGCGACAGGCGGAGAGGAUCAAUGCCCAGGAGCAACUCCACCACCAUAGGCCUCUUAUUACGCUGUCCAGCAAACUGCCGCCCAUCCUCCUUCCGACAGAAAACUACGUCAGCCACAAGUGAACCUGGGGUCAUUUGCACAGAGUUGAUAAAAAAAGACUUGGGGAUGAAAGCUUUUUGUCUCUGACGUCAUUUCUGUGUCAGUCUUCUACAACCCUCCUUCCUUCCCUACCAGACGUGCUCACAUGCUCUUCCAGUUUCAAUUCUCGCUGUUUCACUCACCAACAAAAAGGCACAAUGUAAAUGAGAGGAAAAAAGUAUGCGACAAUGACGCUGUGGAACGUUUCGCCAGUUUGGAGGACAUUGGAACAUGGGGAACAGCUAGCACGAAAGAAACCAUUCCACUGCAAUCUCCUGAGACUAAAGUAUUGCUCUUUUAGUCCUUUUACGUAUUAGUUUGCACCUCUAACUAUAAAGGGACAUCCACACUGUAAGGAAUUGUUGUAAAAUUAGAUUCCUUUUCCAGCACCUUGUAAUCACAAACGAAACGCAGAAAAGAGUCUGCGAAUUGCACAUCGCCACGGAUUACGUCAAAGUUCUUGUUGAGUAAAUAAAAAAGGCACUAUUUUUUUAUGGACUAUGAACGUGUAGCUCAAAAAAUGUCAUGGUGCAAGCUUUGGGAAUGGACUCAAAGGAAAAGAGGUUGCAAAGCAUGUUUUUUUUUUUUUUCUUAUGAAAAAUUAUUUAACUUUCAGUUUUAAGGAAAGUGUGACUUUUGAAAAAGAAAGCAGGAGCAUAUUGACUGUAGGGGAUAUCACUGCAUGCAGAUGUGUCAUUUGUUGAGACGUAUGACACAACGUAUGCCUUUGGUCCCGGCAUUUGCGAUUCAAUGAAGGAGCAGUGUGGGGUUGCUGAAGGGAGCAUGUUCAAAUGCCUGGACAUCUACUGUGGCUGCACAGAACCCCUGCUUUGCACUGCAGGAAGAGGGACAUUAUGACCUUUAAAAAGUGGGAUGUUUGUAUUUUCUAUGUUCUAUUUUGUGAAAAUGCGUUAAGGAAAAAACGAAAAAAAGUUCAGUUUCUGGUACCGUGACAUUCUCUUUGUUGCAAAAUAGGCUUUGUGUUUUUGUAACGUUAUUUUACAGUUCUGAAAGAAAGGCACAAAUAUCAAUUAAAAGGGAAAAAACGCAAUAAUGUCAACUAACAUAUAUUUUUAACGUUUAUCAGUAGUAUCCACAUGCUUUUGCCUGAAAACAAAUACUUGAAUAUAUAUAUAUAUACUGUGUGUGUGUGUGUGUGUAUAUAUAUAUAUAUAUAUAUAUAUAUAUAUAUAUAUAUAUAUAUAUAUAUAUAUAUAUAUAUUAAAUGAAAUAAAUAUGUAUAUAUAUAUAUUAUAAUUAGUUUCCAGGGACAUCAUGUAAUAUUCUUUUAGUCUGAGCUGUAUCUUGCGUAAUGAGCCGCCAAGCUUCUUUUUGUUUGUUUGUUUAAGUACAAAUAUGGGCACUGUAUAAAGGCAUUAUUUAUUUUGUUAUAAAAUUAUAUAUAUAUAUAUAUAUAUAUAUAUAUAUAUAUAUAUAUAUAUAUAUAUAUAUAUAUAUUAAAAUUAAUCCAAAUACAGUAAUAUACAUAGCACUGAUGCUCAACUGAUGGAUUUUAUUUUAUAUAUGCUCUCUUUUUUCCCCCAUUUUACAUAUAAAUGCUUUUAUUGUAGAUGCUUUGUACCCACCCAAAAAAUAUAUAUAUUUUUUUCAUUUGGUUUGCCACAGCUAUUUUAAAAUCAAUAUUUUAACAGCAGCUGUAGCCUGGAUCGCUUAGGCAUGUUGUAAAACAAAAAUAGGCACAUACUCAGAAGACUCUCGCUCCCUCUCGCAUGUUUUUUUUUUUUUUUUAAUCUGCCAAAUGGAUUUCUGUUUAAAAAAGAGUAUCUGGAUACAGUUGGUCUUUAUAUACUAUGAUUGUACACAAGCCACUACAGUUUAAGCCAUUUUCUAUUAUUUUUGGCUUCUCAGAAGUAUGGUGGGUUGAGAGGAGCUUGAUCGUGUUGUCCUUGGUUCAUUGUUUCCUCUUAUUGCUGAGUAAUUGAGAAACUAAUCCAUUAUGAUGUCACAGAGAUCAAUUAUGAUGUCAUCUUUCAACAAUAUGCCCUAAAUCCAAAAAUUAUUUCCUUUCCGUAGGGGUGUUUUUUCAAGUCCUCCAUAUAUCUCCAUCUCAGUUGUUGAAGGGCUACUGUACUAAACCAUACUUCAAAUAUUUACCCUAAUUCUCAGGAAAUAUCAGUAGAUUUGAGUGAAAAGACCUUGGGUUAAAGUUGACUCUACUGAUUGUCAAGAAUUAAGACCAUUUGCCAACCAUGGUUGGUAUAUUAUUUGAUUAUCUCAACCAAGAACUAAGGACAACCAUCAGACAUUGUUUGUUGUAUGUGCCCCAACUUAAGGUCUUGAAAAUGAUACUUAGUUCCUUGGAGGUCUAAAUGCCUGCAGUGUAACCCCUCUGCCUUGAUAUUCCAAUAUUUAUCUGAUUAUUCAUAUCAGUUACAACGAAGCAGUGCAAUUAUCGUAAUUAUUACUUUCAUUAUUUUUUAUUAUCCGAACAUCUCAUAUUUCUGGAGAAAAUUGCAAUUUCUUAUUAUGUUAUUCCUGCACGGACUGCAUUCACUGUUGUUUUCUUUCAGACCGGUUUUGCAACUUUCAAACAUGCGCUAAAAAUAAAGGGAUCCUUUGCCUUUUACCGGCAACAAUUUAAUAUCGAUAGCCCACGCAGCCUGUGUGUAUUUUAAUUGAUUUAACCUCUGCACGCUAGAACGUCCGAAAUGCACAAUUCAUGUACUUUCAUUUUUAAUAUCAAUAAAAACCAUUUUAUCAAACAUGUUUCAA